GCAACUGAGCCAGACCUCCACCACCGCUCACACUCUUUGAUAAAAGCUGGCUACCAGGCUGUGCUCGUCCCUACUCGCAAGAACCAGACCAGUUGCGCCAAUGGCUCAAGACAGAGUGCAGUACUGUCAUUCAGAGAAAGACUUUAUCUUGUCCCCUCACAGUAAGAAGGUUCCUAAAAGGAUGGCAUCCCUCUUGGAGCUGAAAGAAAUCUUCCGCAAUGCUGAUGCAGUAUGCUUUGAUGUGGACAGUACAGUCAUCAGGGAAGAAGGCAUUGAUGAGCUUGCGAAGUUCUGUGGAGUUGGAGAUGCCGUCGCAGAGAUGACCCGCAGAGCUAUGGGUGGCACUGUGACAUUCAAAGCAGCUUUAACGGCACGACUAGGUCUCAUACGUCCCUCCUAUGAGCAAGUGCAGAAAUUAAUAUCCGACAAUCCACCUCAGCUAACACCAGGAAUAAGGGAGCUGGUGAGCAGGCUUCAACAACGAGGGGUCCAGGUCUUCUUGGUCUCUGGGGGGUUUCAGAGCAUCGUGGAGCACGUAGCCUUGCAGCUGAACAUUCCAACAGCAAAUGUCUUUGCCAACAGGCUGAAGUUUUACUUUAAUGGAGAAUACGCAGGAUUUGAUGAAACACAACCAACAGCUGAAUCAGGGGGGAAAGGAAAGGUUAUUACUCAUCUGAAGGAACAGUUCCACUUUAAGAAAGUAGUUAUGAUUGGAGAUGGAGCUACAGACAUGGAAGCCUGUCCCCCUGCUGACUGCUUCAUUGGAUUUGGAGGAAAUGUAAUCAGAAAGCAAGUAAAGGAGAAAGCUAAAUGGUACAUUACUCACUUUGAUGAGCUGCUAAAGGAACUGGAAGAACGAUAAAUUAUACAGUAAAAUAAUAUAUUUAACAACUAUAAGUCCAUUAUACAAUGCAAUUAAACAUAUUUGUUUGCAAA